AUCACAGCAUGUUCAAUCUCAACAUCUUUAAAUAAUCCUUCGUCAGGUUGAGGAGAUACCCCUCAUAACAUGGGCAUCAAACUUAGAUUCGUAGAGCAGUACGUCGUGGCAGCGGCAAUACUAUUGGCGGUGGUGAUAGUGUUAUUGGGCGGAGGAGCUGAAGGGGUUGUGUUAUGCAACACGGACACGACGAAGAUGAGCUUGUGCCGUCCGGCAGUCACCGGGAAGAACCCUCCGCCGCCGACGGAGGCGUGUUGUGCGGUUGCUCGGCAUGCCGAUCUGGCCUGCCUCUGCAAGUACAAGUCGGUGCUUCCUGCACUUGGGAUUGACCCCAAAAGGGCUAUUGCUUUGCCUGCUAAGUGUGGUCGCACCACUCCCCCACAGUGUAAAGGGAAUUGAAGGUGUCUUAGCCGAUACUCAUUCAAGCAUCGUCUUAAUUAGCACGCCUUUAAAAGUUUCAUUACCAUUAAAGAAGUUUGGGGACUGGAUAAUCCGCCCCUUCUCUUAAAUAAAAUACUGUUAAUCUCUUCAUUUUCUUCCAAUUUAUAUUAUGGGCAAGACUUCUGAUAUGAUAUAACGGGUGUAAAAUUUAUAUUGUUAUCUAAUGUAAUAGAAAGGUAUUGAUAUGCUUAUACUGUUUGCCAUAGAAAUAUAAUGAUGAUAUCGAAAUAAUUA